UUUCGUACAAAAAUGAUUGCAACGAUUGCUGUUUUUGCUACGUUAGUGGCUUACUCUCAAGCAGGAAUUUAUGGACACUCCGGAAGCUCGUAUGUUAGCUCAAAUUUGGGUGGAUAUGGAGGAUAUUAUUCUGCUCCAGUUGUUGCCCCAAUUGUAGCUGCUCAUGAACCAUCUAAAGAUGUAGAUUACCACGCUUAUCCAAAAUAUGAAUUUAAUUAUGGAGUUUCCGAUGGACACACUGGAGAUGUUAAAUCACAGCAUGAAACGAGAGAUGGAGAUGUUGUAAAAGGUUCUUAUUCUCUGCACGAAGCUGAUGGCACCAUCAGAACCGUUCAUUACACCGCCGAUGACCACAAUGGAUUUAAUGCUGUUGUUGAAAGAUCAGGACACGCAGCUCAUCCUCAUGUAGCUCCCGUUAAAGCUUUCGUUGCCCCAAUUGCCGUCCAUGAUGGUUAUUACCACUAAAUGUUUAUUGUAAAUAGUUAUUUAAUAUGAAUUGUUUUUGUAGAAAUAAAUAAGUUAUUGCAUUUUAAAA